UCUAUUAACACUUAGACAAGUUUCCCUCUGAGCUCUCGAUUACUGGCAGCAAUAGGUGCAGUGUGCAUAUAUGUGGCAACAUUUAACACGAUUUAAGGGUCAGCAAAGAUAAAAUUACAAAAUGAGCGGCAGAUAUAAAGAGGAAAUGAUGCUGUAUAGACUUUUUGUUCUGUGUGCUUUGUUUCAAGCCGCCUCAUGUGAUUACAAAUGUGUGUGUAGCUAUAUAGUCGAAAGAGGCGUCUACUCCACGCCAUCAAAUGGCAGCGAUGUUUUGGGAUACAUGUACGAGUUCGAUUGCAAGCCUGUUGUGACAGAAACUGGCAGUUGGUUUACAGUCGCCUUUGAACACAAGCUUGGAUACGUAGAGGAUGGCGAAAGGCUUGAGGUACAAACUUGCCCAGGAGACUACCCAGAUGCAGAUAAAGGUGAGUGUUCAGACGAAAGUUUGGUCAUUAAAUAGACUGCAGUUUCCGUAUUUUCCCGCA